CUCCCUCCCCCAGGACUGUGAUCAGCAGGACACAACAUACAGGAAGUGAUCUCUGCUGCAAACUCCAAAGCUUGCUCUGCUGCUCUCUGAUCCAGGUUUUAUUAGAUGACAAGAUGGGCUCCCUUUUUAGAGGGGAGGAGAUGUGUUUGGCUCAGCUGUACCUGCAGUCGGGCAGUGAAUAUCAGUGUGUCAGUGAGCUGGGAGAACUUGGACUGGUGGAAUUCAGAGAUCUGAACCAAAAUGUUAACGCCUUUCAGCGUCGCUAUGUGUCAGAGAUUCGGCGUUGUGACGAAAUGGAAACAACCUUUGGGUACCUAGAACAAGAACUGCGCAAAGCUGGAAUAAAGCCGAAGGAUCCUUCGGGGUCUCCGCUGGCUCCAUCACCCAAAGAUGCUCUGAAUAUUCAAGAAGAAUCGGAGCAGUUGGCAAAAGAGCUGAGGGACGUGUCUGGGAACCGGUACACUCUACGAGAACGCCUACGAGAGCUGCAAGAGUACGCCAAUAUACUGAGAGAGAGUCAGAGAUUCACAGGGCCAUUGCCAGAGUCUGAACCCUUUAGGGAGAGAGCUGACACUGAUCCAUUGAUUGACCCUACAGUAAGCUCCAGGCUGGACCUCAGAGUCAGUUUCAUGGCUGGUGUCAUUCACCCUUGGCGCAUGAACUCGUUUGAACGCCUGCUGUGGCGCGCUUGCCGAGGAUACCUUAUUGUCAAUUUUGUGGAGAUGUCUGAGCCAAUGGAGGACCUGGUAACGGGUGAGAGCGUUACACAGAUUAUAUUCCUGAUCUCAUACUGGGGUGAGAGAAUUGGAGAGAAGAUCAAAAAGAUUGCAAAUUGUUUCCACUGUCAUAUUUAUCCGUACGCUGAUGAUGAGAGUGCCAGACUAGAAAAGCUGAGAGAUCUCCUCAUGCAGAUUCAAGACAUGCAAAAGGUGAUGCAACAAACGGAAGGUUUCCUAAAUCAGGUCCUAAGUCAGGUUGCAGAAAAGUUACAGUUCUGGAGAGUUAGCAUAAGGAAGAUGAAACACAUCUACCAGAUCUUGAACAUGUGCAGCGUGCGAGAGCGAUGUCUUAUCGGAGAGGUCUGGUGUCCUGUGGGCGAUCUUCCUCCUCUGCAGGCGGCGCUGGCCCGAGCUUCGGAGAACGGUGGAGGGGGCGGAGAAUCCUUCUGUCACCGCAUCCAUUGUCCUGUCGGCCCACCCACUUUAAUCCGCACCAACAAGUUCACCUCGGGAUUUCAAGGGAUUGUGGAUGCUUAUGGUAUAGCAAGUUACCAAGAAGUAAACCCAGCUCUUUAUACGAUCAUAACGUUCCCAUUUCUCUUUGCCGUUAUGUUUGGUGAUGUUGGCCAUGGGCUCCUCAUGUUACUGUUUGCUCUUUGGCUAGUUCUUGGAGAGGACGACCCAAAGCUGAAAAAUUCUGACAAUGAGAUCUUCUCUAUGUGCUUUGGAGGCCGGUAUCUGGUUCUGCUCAUGGGACUGUUAUCCAUUUACACAGGUUUUGUGUACAACGAAUGUUUCAGCCGGGCAACCACCAUUUUUGAUUCAGGGUGGAGCGUUGCAGCAAUGGCAAGAGCGAAGAACUGGACGAGUGAAAGCUUGACCAACAAUUUCGUUCCUCCACCACUGGACCCCAAUAUAACCGAUGUCUUCACCAAUGUCUAUCCAUUCGGCAUUGAUCCGAUAUGGAGCUUGUCCUCCAAUCGCCUCACAUUCCUGAACUCCUUCAAAAUGAAAAUGUCUGUUAUUAUAGGAGUCAUUCAUAUGUCCUUUGGAGUGUUUCUGGGCAUCUUUAACUUUGUUCACUUCAAGCAGAAGUACCGCAUCCUCCUGGUGUCUAUCCCAGAGCUGCUCUUCCUGCUGUGCCUCUUCGGAUAUCUGGUGUUCAUGAUUUUCUACAAGUGGUUUGCAUUUGAUGCAAGUCAAGCUCAGUCUGCUCCAAGCCUGCUCAUUCAUUUCAUUGACAUGUUCCUUUUCACCAAGAAUAAGGGCAACAUAAACCUCUUUACAGGACAGGACAUUGUACAAAUGACUCUAGUGAUUGUUGCUGUGGCGUGUGUACCAAUUCUGCUCUUUGGGGAUCCCAUUUACCAGUACUUCCAGCACCGCAGGAAAAAAAGAGAAAGGCAAACCAUUGGACGGGGCGUAAUAAAUAGUGGUGAAAGGAGUGGUUUACUGGCGGAUGAAGAAAACCACUCCGUUGAGCCCUCAGAACAUGGGGAAAAGGGCAAACAUGACGAUGAAGAGUUUGAUGUCUCUGAGGUAUUCCUCCACCAAAUGAUUCAUACCAUAGAAUACUGUCUGGGCUGCAUCUCUAAUACAGCAUCAUAUCUCCGACUUUGGGCGCUGAGUCUGGCUCAUGCACAACUGUCUGAAGUCUUGUGGCAGAUGGUCAUGCACAACGGUUUAAUCCACAGCACUCGUGAAUGGAGUAUUGCUAUUGUGCCCGUUUUCGCAUUUUUCGCUGUGCUGACGGUGGCUAUUCUUCUCGUCAUGGAGGGUCUCUCUGCCUUUUUACAUGCCCUCCGUCUGCACUGGGUGGAGUUUCAGAACAAAUUUUAUACUGGCAGCGGAUACAAGUUUACUCCGUUUUCCUUUGAGACGUUCUAUUGAUUUUGGACCAUAAGCGUUUUUUUUUUGUACUAGAGAUUCUAAGAGGUCCAAUGGAAUUAUGUUGAUGGACAAAAGAGUGUGUACUUUGCAUUACAGAAUAAAUUCAUUUUAAGCAUUGGAAAAA